UCCCAUGCAAAAAGGGCCCUUAUGUAUAUUGACGUCAUAAUGAGAAAAACGCUGGUAAAGAUAACGUCAUUAUUUGCAAGUUGCGUCUGUUACUUAUGUUUGCAAUGCUGUCAAUAUAACGUGAUUGUGUUUAUAUAAAUCAUCUGGAACGAUGCCGACAUGUACCUGGAAUUAACAAGAGGAAAACAUGGACUUUUUAGAGAUUAUUGACGAGUGGCAUAGGGAAUAUUUUCCUCCUUCACAAAGUGUUGAAUCAUCUGAUGAAAAUACAGACGAUAGUGAUAUUUCAACUGCAUCAGAAAAUGAAUCCAACGAAAAUAUUUUAGAACAAAGAAUACAACUUGUGCAUCCUGAUAAUGAUCAGAAUAAAAACCUAAAUUCAGAGGAGGAGGACUGGGAGAAUAACAAUCUUGACUUAACAAUUCGUGAAAAGAUAAUCAAAGGCUGCUCCUGCAGAAUGGAUUGCAUAUCAAAUAUUAGUUUUGAAGAAAUCAGUCACCAUAUUUAUUCCAUGAGAGAACUUUCCAAGGAAGAGAAGGAUAUGUACAUUAUGGGAAAGCUAAAAAGUAAAAGUUCUGGUGGCGGAUCUUCAAGACGCGAUGCCAAACGACAGAGAUACGAAUACAAUUUUGAUGACCGGGAAGUAUGUAAAGAUGUGUUUUUAUUUUUACAUGACAUUGGUGAAACACAUUUUAAAAAUCUUGUGAAGCAUAUGAAGACCCAUGGAAUAAAACCACGGACACAUGGAAACAUCGGGAAAAAACCACACAAUGCCCUGUCCUUUGAAGAAAUUAAAUUUGUCGUGCAGUUUAUCAAUCGAUAUUCUGAAGAUAAUGGAUUUCCUAUGCCAGCUGCUCCAAGAGGUCGCGACUCCGAACCACCCAUUUUUCUACCUUGUUCAACACCAAAGAACGAAAUUCAUCAGUUAUAUGUUGAAGCUUGUCAUGAGGUCCAAAUUCGUGCUGUUAAAUUGUCCUCAUUCUAUUCCAUCUGGUAUGCCUGCCUUCCUAACAUUCAGAUUGCCAACCCCAGAUCUGAUGUAUGCAAUACCUGUGAGCGCCACAGAGAGCACAUUUUGAAUGCAAGAUCUGAAAAUGAAAAGCUUACAGCAACAAGAAAUUUUACAGAUCACAUUGAAAAAGCAGAGAGGGAGCAUCACCUCUACAUUCAGUGCAUUAAAGAAGCCAGGGAAGAACAUCAGUCUAUUCAGCUUCCUGAGCCACCUGUUAGACCCUGUUCCACAGAUUUCCUCAAAACUCACUACACUUUUGACUUCGCGCAAUGUGUGUCUGUACCUCAUCAUUCCAGACAAGUAGGGCCAUUAUUCUUUGAGACACCACGGAAAAUUCAGAUCUUUGGAAUUUGUAUGGAGGGAGCAGGAUCUCAGCGAAAUUAUUUGAUUGAUGAAGACCAGACCAUUGGAAGAGAUGGAAAUAAUGCCCAUGGGCCAAAUACAGUCAUCAGCAUACUUCAUCACCAUUUUCAAAAUUAUAGCAUGGGAGAGAAAUGUGCUGUUCUUCACUGUGAUAACUGUCCAGGUCAAAACAAAAACCGGUAUGUGAUUGGAUAUUUGCUAUGGUGAGUCAUGAUUGGGCUACAUCGAGCAAUUGAACUUCACAUGCAGAUACCAGGGCAUACAAAAUGUCAAGUGGAUGCAGGCUUUGCUCAGAUCAAAAAGAAGUACAGGAGAUCAGAUUGUGACACUCUACAGCAUGUUGCUGACGUAGUCUCCAAGUCCUCCAAAACACUGCUGCCUGGAGUUGUAUUAUGCAGCGUUGAUGUAGAUGGCGACAAGGUCCCAGUAAUCCUCAGUAAUCACGACCAAAUCAGUGUAAAUCUACCACCAGAGAUAAUGCCGGGCGGACUCAGUAGAGAACGACAGGAAUAUUUAUACAAACAUAUCAGACCUCAUGUCCGGGAAUGUUUCAGGGACACAACAUGUCCAGAAUUUCAUGAAGAAUAAGUGAAAGUUUCAAUUGUUUCCGACAAUGAUUAACGUCAUUUCAACGUCAUUUUUUGUAACGUCAUUGAAAUAUUAUCUUAACCUUUGACAGCCUAUAUCUCAGUAAAUAUGCUGAAUAUUUGACCCAAACUUCACAUGUGUCUUUUUAAUGUUGUUUUCUAUCAUAUUCCAUUAAAAAGUUAAUUUUGAUAAUUUUUACCAUAAGGGCCCUUUUUGCAUGGGACGGCU